UUUGGUGUCUCGCCGUGACCUCCAUCGCCGAUGUUCCCCUUCGGUCGUCACGCCCCUCAGCCGUCCCCUCCGGCGUACUCCGGCCUCUCAGCGUUCGCUCCUCCGUUCAACCUUGGCUAUGCUAACUCCGAUCACCCAUAUCCGUCUUCCCCCGCCGCCUCCUCUACCCCGAUCCCGCCCUCGCCCUGUGUCGGUCCAUACCACUCCUAUUAUCCUCCUCCGCCGUCGUCCUCGGGUGCUAGUAUGACUUCAUUCGGGGCGGAUUUCGGUGGCGCAGGCCUUAAUCGGUGGGAUGAAUCGUACUAUGGGAAUUACGGGAGUAAUUCUGCUUGGAUGGAUCAUCAGCCGAAUUUGGAUUCUUUGAUGUUUGGGAAAGAUUCCUUGGCAAGGAAAGGUCAUUAUGGUUCAGAAUGUUCAGGCUUGUUAGAUGAGAAACACCCAUCAAUAUUCGAGAAACAUGUCAAACCUGCUUAUUCUGGAACAUUACUUUUUGGUCAAACUGGAAUGACUGAAGGAAUGCCAAAGCAACCGGACCCCUUUGCUGUUCCUGAUAGGGGCAAUGCAUUUGAUUUUCACUCUUCUAAUCGUGGGUUAAUGGAUGAGUUUGGUUCACUGUCAGCAGCUUCCAUAUUAUAUGAACCGCCUGCAACAUCUUCCUCAAAUCACCUGUUUGUCCCUCCACCUACUGCAAUAUAUUCAUCAGAAUAUAAUAGUAUUCCAAGAAAUGAGCAUUCCACUGUUCAUGAUAGGACUUUGUUUGAUCUCAAUGAUGAUUAUACUCAUCAACAUACUGGACAGGGCUUUUCACUUUUCCAUGCAUUCACUUGUGGUAAUGCUUUGAAUUCUGAAAUGAGCAGGGCGCCUAAUGAUGUGAAAGAACCUACUUGUAUCCCGGGAUAUCUGACUCCAGUACAGAGAGAUUGCUCUUCUGAUAAUGAGUCGGUGACCGGAAAAUCCAUGCAAUGUGCUGUUGACAUAUCUGACUUAAGAGCUAGAAACUUGGACAGUUCUGAUUCUUUAAACUCCAAUAGUGCUUCAGCUGAACCUGUUAGUUCCAUGCAAACUUUUCUGGAAGCGCUAGACCAUCAUAAUCUUGCGGUAGAUUCACCAUGUUGGAAAGGUGCAUCAGGUUCUCAACAAUCACCAUUUAGUGUUGGUAAGGUUCUGGAGACUGGCUUUGUGAUAAAAGAAUCAGAAAGGUCCAAUGAGCUGCAACAUAGCAAAAAUCAUUUUCUGAAUAUGGUUCAUUCGGAGGCUAUGCCAUCUGCAAAGCGAGAAGGAAAUUUGAUUAGCAAUGAGAACAACAAACAUUCUUUAUGUUCACUGGUGGAUUUAUCUCUACUAUUUGAUUUGCCAAGUGAACAUCAGAAAGCUAAUAAUGUGUGUAAAGCAAAGUGCAGUGGCCUGGAUAAUGCCCAUGAACAGGGGUUCAAAGCUGGUGGGAUAUGUGGCAAUGAAUCUAUAAGUCAAGGACAUUGUGAGCCAAAUGAUACGAAUGGGAAAUCAGUAGAUCAUGAAAUAAGUCAUGUUGCAAAUGAGUCCUCCAUAUCCGAGAGACUUAUUGACACCGAGAAAGAUUUUACAGAUUCUGUUAAAGCUAGUGCUUGUGGUUUUGAUUCUUGUGUUGGUGCUCAAACAGUAAUUGCUCCUAAAUUUUCACUUCCUGGCUGCGUUGCUGAAACAUUUGGUUCAUCGGACGAGCCUGGCAACUUUUCAUCCUCAGAUAACAAUGUUCAACUCUUUCUCAAAACGAUGCACAGUCUGUCAGAAGUGCUGUUGAAUACUGACUGCAUUGACAGCAAUGAAUUGAAGGAGCAUGACUAUAAGCUUCUGCAGGUGAUAAUUUGGAAUCUGGAACAUUUCAGCCUCAAGAGCAAAAAGGAGAAAAGUGAGGGGAGUUCUAAUAUUUCUGGGGUAGAUACUGAUGCACCUGAUGUUGCACUGUCAAAACUUGAUGGUAUGAUUAUGAGCAACAAUAGAACUAGAUGCAACAUCCCUGGGGAGAUGCACAAUUCUGGAUGUGGUUUGGACGAUAAUUUGCUUGACAAAAGUGUCCCUACAAGUGGCACCACAGCUAGCAUAGCUGAUUACAUAGGCCAUGCCCUGGACAAGAUCAAUACUGAGAGUCCUCUCGAUCAGGAAGAGAACCUUCAGACUAAAUUUUAUAAGAAACUGUGGAUUGAUGCUGAAAUUGCAUCUUGCGCUAUAAAGUAUGAACUUCAACUUCUCCGUAUGAAUGCCGAGAUAGAGAAUCAUAAGUACAAAUCAAAAGAAAGUCUUGCAGCUUCAUAUUUAUCUGCAAAGCCUACAGAAUUUCCCAGAACAUUGUUUCGAGAUUCUCUUCAUGUACUUGAUGAGGUUGAAGGAACAAGUAACAAUGUUAAAGAGAGCUUAAGCCAUGAUGCAAGCGAGCUAGAGGAUAAUAUUGAUGGCUGUUGCGACAUAAAUUCUCAUGAGGCAUUUCCAUCAACCAUAGCUGGUGAGAUUGAUUCUUCUAUUUUUGCUAGAUUCCGCAUUCUAAAAGAGCGGCUUGAUAAACCAAUUUCUGAUAAUGUGGAGGAUUGCGAUGCUGCGGGCACUGUUGAUAUUGCGAUGCAAAACAAAGAUGGCAUCAGCAGCCAUCCUUUUGACAGUGGUGACAAUUCAAGACCAAAGUCUAGGGAAAUGAUGCUUGCUGAGUCAGGCUCCAAGUUGAAGGAAGAACAACAAAAGGAUACUGUAGAACUCAGUGAUGCAAGUCCAGUGUUAAAGAGCAUAUCUGAUGUACGACAUUCUAGUGAAAGCCACAAUGAGACGGUGACCAUGGUAUUUCACCCAGAUCCCUCAAUUAACCAAUCUUAUGCAUCAAGCAUCAAAAGGAAACAAUCGGCUGGUGGGGAUGAUAGCUCCUCAUCCGAGUGGGAGCAUGUGCUGGAUGAAGAGUUCACUCUGCUAUAAAAAUAGACAGGGAAUAAAUGGCCUGUCACUUGCGUUUUACUGCCUUUAAUAAAAACUGAAUCUUUGGCUUGCGGUUGCGUGUGUAGAUAAAUAAAAUUUACUUCUUGUAGUUUAGUGGUUAAACUCUAGAAAAUUAAAUCAUUGUUAUUCCGGAUUUCAAUCA